AUGGUGGACACAGUAGAGCUGUACGUCACUGAACUCGCGGACUUUAUCAUCGAGUCUGAGGAGCGAGCAGGUGGCGUCAAUCAGCCUUGUCCUGAACAAGUUCCAUUACCUGAUUACAUCGGCCCAGCGCUAGAAGAGCUUGAUCGCCAACUCGAAACGGAGAGAGCUCGUCGUGAAUAUCAUCCUAAUUCCACGCAGAGCGAGGGAGCCGAACACAGUAAUAACUUUUUAGAUGAGGGCGAACUGGACAUACCUGAUUGUCUUGAGGGGCUUGUCGAAUGCGGCAAUGAACUGCUGAAUCGGAGAAGGUGCGGUGAGGAGCGCGUGGUGACGUGGCGCGGCGCGGGCGGCUCGGUGCUGAAGCACAACGUGCGCUUCCUGUGCCUGCUGGGCGUGUGGCCGGCGUGCCGCGGCAGUGCCUACCACGCCUUCAGCGCGCUGGUGGUGGCGCUGUGCGGCACGCACAUGGCCUUCGUGGUGCUGGGCGUCGGCCAGGGCUCGGAGGACCUGCAGGAGACGACGCUGGCGCUGACGAACGCGUUCGCCGUGAGCGGCGGCGCCGCCAAGGUGGCGCUGCUGCUGCGCGGCCGCCGCCGCUUCUACGCGCUCGUGCGCCGCCUCGACCGGCUCGUGGCUGCGCAGGCCGACCACCGGCGCGCAGACGCCCGCCGGCAGGCCGUGUUCGACGCGUUCCACAGGAAGGCGGUGCGCCUCACGUUCCUCCUGCACACCUACCUCUUCCUGCUGUCCUUCGUCUGGUUCCCGAUGCCGCUGAUCGCCCAGCGGGGCGAGCGGAGGCUGCCGUUCGUGCAGCUGUCGUGGCUCGACACGAGCCAGCUAACCGUCUACGCGGCCACCUACACCCUGCAGUGCGCCGGCACCUUCCUGCUCGCCUUCGCCACCGUCAGCGUCGACUGUUUCUUCGUGGCCAUCAUGGUCCACGUCUCCGUACAACUGAGAAUUCUAUCGUCCCGCAUAAACGCUUUGGGACUUGGCACUAACCUCGCCGGGUCGGCGAGGAACUUCGAAAGAGACGUGAGUGGGGAGGCGUCGGAUAUUCAGCAAGACAUGUACAGAGAGUUUCGCUUGUGUAUUCAGUACCACCAAGAUAUCUUAAGGUUCGUGCGGUACCUGGACAGCGUGAUGAGUCCGCUUGCCAUGACACAGUUCAUCUCCGGCGUGCUGCUGGCCUGCGUCGCUCUGUUCCAGGCCACACUUAGUCCGGACGUCAGCGCUGUGUUCCGGUGUGCGGCUGCGCUGCCGACGCCCACGAUGCAGAUCUUCCUCUACUGUUGGGGCGCCGAGGACGUCGUGCAGCAGGGCGAGGCGGUGUCGCUGGCGGCGUACAGCUGCGGCUGGCAGGAGGCGGGUGGCCGGUUCCGGCGUGCGCUGCGCAUCCUCAUGAGCCGCGCCCAGAAGCCACUCCUGCUCACCGCGGGCAGGGUCUACGUCAUCAACAGGGCCACCUUCAUCUCGCUGAUGAACGCCGCGUAUUCGUACUACGCACUGCUUAGGCAGUUCAACAGCCGCUGA